AUGAAAGAAAAACUAAAACUUUUUUAUUAUUCUAUUAUAGCAGCAUUAUCAUCAUUUCUUUUUGGAUUAUUCCUUACAUCUGAGAGUGUAUUGUACCCUAGGCUAGAAGACAACUUUAAACUUCAAAAUUUCUAUUUUGGUUUUGGUGUGUAUAAAAGCCUUUUUGCGAGUAUUGUAUUUUUAGGUGCGUUCAUAUCGAGCUAUUUUGUGUUUCUUGUAAACGAUUUGGAUAGAAAGAUUGUCUUGAUAAUCAAUAAUCUGACAUAUUUAUUGGGAAGUGGUUUGACCUUAUUUUUUGAAGAUAUUUAUAUUUUACUUAUGUCUAGAUUUAUUAUUGGACUGGGAGCAGGUAUCUCGUGUUGUAUUGUUCCUAGUUACGUGUUUAGUAUAACUGAUGAUAGAAAUAGAGGAUUUUAUAUGUCUUUUCACUCAAUAGGAAUAGUACUUGGACUAGUAAUAGGUAAAGUGUUCUGUAUAACCUAUACUUCCGCCGCUUGGGAUUCUGUAUAUACUUUUAUUACUCUACUUGUGAUAAUUCACACAAUAGGGUUAUUUGUAAUUAAAAAGUGUCCAUCGUCUUCUGGUGAAUUUGAUCAUACGACAAUUCCUCAGCUUUUAAAAAAUAGGCGGGCUAUUAGAUCUACUUUUUUGGCUGUUUGUUUUCACAUUGCUCAGCACGCGUGUGGUAUAGACUUUUUUACGAUUUUUAUAGAGGAGAUUUUGUCGCAACAGCCAGAUGCGGAAAUUCAGGGUGCUUUUACAUUAGCUUUUUCUGCACUGGUUUCUGUUAUUAGCUGUUGCUUUAUAGAUAAAGUAGGUAGAAAGAUAUUUAUGUGUAUUAGUACAGCGAUAGUUCUUAUAUCUACUCUAAUAAUGGGUUUUGGGCAGCUUAAACUUUUUAUCUGUUAUUUAUAUGUAUUUGGUUACAAUAUAGGUUUAAGUUCUAUACCUUGGUUUAUUACGAAUGAGAUUUUUACACCAGAAUAUUGUAUGCCUGCGAUGAGAUUAACAGUUGGCGUAAAUUGGAUGUCUGCUUUUUUAUUAUCUUUUAUUAAUAUGCCUUUGUAUACUAUGAUUGGGAGCUAUAUAUUUUUAGUGAAUAGUUUAUUUAUGGCUGUAUUUUUAGUUAUUGUUGUUUGUCUUUUUAAGGAGACUAAAAAUCGUCCUGCAGAAUUUCAAUAA